UGAGGAAAUCGAAGAACUGUGCCAACAAUUUGCCACUCGAUUUCGAAUCGAAGAAGAAGUACAGCGAAAACACCAUCAGCUUACAUUCCCAAACGCCCUCAACAGACUCGUCGGAGGUAACAAUCUUUAUUAGGAAAUUCUUUUUUUAUUUUAUUUUUUACCUUGAUUGACAGAUGGCAAGCAACAUCCAUGCACUUUUUCAUGUUCCAGAAGGUUUCUUAUUCCCCUUUGUCAACUGACACGAAUAUACAUAUAUAUACACUUGAUAUGACAUUACUAAAAUUGCUACAAAGGACUAGAGCAUGUAGCAGCAAGAGACAUUGAGGAAUCAAUCAAAGACAAAUCAAUCUUGCAGGAAUCCGCCUAUAACUGGGAAAAGAAAACAGGCCGUGUACACCUGUUUGGUACUGUCAAGAGUGUUUCCGAAUUCAGAUCGUACAUACAACAGAUUGAACUAAGGAGUGUUUACAGCGUGAUGCUCGUUGCUGCAGAAACGAUCAUUCCCAUAAACACAUUUAAUGAAGCAGAUCCUACCUGUCAGUUCAUAUCGCACAUCACACAGAAUGGAAACUGGGAAACAUUGUUUGGGAAACAAGCAGAGCGAGCGACAUUUAGAGCAACUUUUAAAAAGGGAGCUUUGAAGCACAAGGUGCCGAGCCAAGAGAUCGCAGGGUAUAUCGGAGCAGCUUUUGGUGAACUGUACGAUGAGUGGAAGGUGAAAAUGACUGGAUUUGACUAUGAGAUCAUGGGAAUCUGGUUCCAAUCGGACAAUGUCGAGUGGUUAAAACGUCUCUCUGUAUCAGAUCAAAGUAUUAUUUUGCUUCUUGGGCUCAAUAUCCCUAUUGAAGAUCAAAAGUACAGAAAUAGGUUAUUCUUUGGCCGAACAAGCUUAAAUCCUUGUAUUGCAUACUGUCUAGCCAUGAUCGCACAGCCUCGACCAGGGCAGAUUGUCUUGGAUAUGUGUUGUGGAACAGGCACAAUACCGAUUGAAGGAGCAUCUCGCUUUCCCAACACGUUCUGGCUUGGAGGUGAAGUAAAAGUUAAAACACUCGCUGAAAAGGGACGUGGUAAUGUAUUGCAUGCUAACUUGCAAAAUGUUGAUUUGCUGUUGAGUGAUGGUAGAAAAAUGUGCUUAAGAGAUGGUACAGUUGACACGAUUGUUUCAGAUUGGCCUUGGGGCCUAAGAGAAAACUCAUUUCAACAGAUUCAAGGGCUUUAUCCUAAAUUCAUGAAACAAAUGUGGAGAGUGCUACAACCUGAAGGAAAGGCUUAUAUUGUCACUCAGGGCAAUAAAUUGAUGCAUAGAGUAUUAAAGUAUGACUGGUGUCAAAGGCAAUGGAAAGUAGAUGAUAUUGUGCCUAUUGGUAUUGGUGGUUAUGACGUAUACCUGUUUAUACUUUCAAAAUGUCAAUAAAGAAGCAUUUUUAUGACUUUGGCACUAUGAAAG